UAUUAUUGUGGCGGGCCGGAGGAGGGUUUCGUUGGCGGCGUCGAUGGCGGCCGGGCAAGGAGGAGGCACCAUGGCCAGCGGCGGCGGCGAGGGCGGGGGUCCCGGGCCUGGACCGGGCCCCGCUUCAGGCGGCGGCGGCGGCCCGCCGCCGCCGCCGCCGCCGCCCUGCUCGGAGCUGGGCCCGGGCGCGGGCUUCUUCGGCCUGGGCCUGCCGGCGCACCUCACGCUCUCGUACCCGGGCACCGGGCCCGCCUGGGUGGCAGGCGGCGGGCUCUCGGGCGGCGGCGGCGCUUCGUCGGGCGCAGCCUCCUCGUCCGCCUCCGCUUCGUCGUCGCCUCACACCGGCCGCAGCCUGGAGAAGACUCUCGAGGAGGCCGCCAGCUCGGGCAUCCUCUGCCUCAGCGGCAGGAAACUGCGCGAAUUCCCCGCCGCGGCCGGCACGGGCACCGCCACGGCCACCGCCGCCGCCGCCGCCUACGACCUCAGCGACACCACCCAGGCCGAUCUUUCCAAGAACAGAUUUACUGAAAUUCCUCCUGAUGUAUGGCAGUUUGCACCACUUGAGACGUUGAAUUUGUAUCACAACUGCAUCAAAUCAAUCCCUGAAGCAAUUAGAAAUCUGCAGAUGUUAACAUAUCUAAAUAUCAGUCGAAAUCUUUUAUCAACCUUGCCAAAAUACCUGUUUGAUCUGCCACUUAAAGUUUUGGUUGUCAGCAAUAAUAAGCUUGUGUCCAUUCCUGAAGAAAUUGGAAAGUCGAGAGACUUAAUGGAAUUGGAUAUUAGCUGCAAUGAGAUCCAGGUCCUUCCCCAGCAAAUAGGAAAACUGCAAUCACUGAAAGAAUUAAAUUUAAGAAGAAAUAAUCUCCACAUGCUACCUGAUGAAUUAGGAGAUCUUCCCUUGGUCAAGCUGGACUUCUCUUGUAAUAAAAUCACAGAGAUACCAGUCUGUUACCGGAAGCUGCGUCAGUUGCAAGUAAUAAUUUUGGAUAAUAAUCCAAUGCAGAUACCACCGGCACAGAUAUGUUUAAAGGGCAAAGUACACAUAUUUAAAUUCCUCAGCAUUCAAGCAUGCCUCAGAAUGGAUAAAAAGCCAGAUUCCUUGGAUCUGCCGUCCCUGGGUAAAAGAAUCCCAUCCCAGCCGCUCACUGACAGUAUGGAAGAUUUUUAUCCGAAUAAAAACCACGGCCCAGACUCCGGCAUUGGUAGUGAUAAUGGGGAUAAAAGAUUAUCCACAACAGAACCAUCUGAUGAUGACACAAUCAGCCUUCACUCUCAGGUAUCAGAAUCAACAAGGGAGCAGACGCUCAGAAACGACAAUCAGUUACUAGCAAACAAACACGAAUUGCAUAAAGACCCAGAAGUGUGUGAUUACCUUGAUCCCUGCUCAGAGGAUGUGGCUUCUUGUGACCAAGGAGAUGUACAAACUGCGUCAUCAAUCUCUUAUAUUAAGGAACGAGGGAAGCAGAUUGAGAAGUCUCAGAAAGCAGAGCAAAACGAAGACUGGGCAGAUGAGAAGAGGGUUCAGAAAGAACAUGUAUUGGCAGAGGAAGAUGAUGAAUUUAAGGAAGUAACUGACCUAAGGAAAAUAGCUGCCCAGCUGCUGCAACAAGAACAGAAGAACAGACUUUUGAAUCACACUACCUCUGCAAGCACAAGAAACAGACCAAAACAGGCUGUGGAAACCGAAAAAAGCCUUUCAGCAGAUGAAGCCAACUCUCCAUCGUCCCUCUACAGCUGGCAGUCCAUAGAAAAUGAGAAAGACCAUCCAGAUGAGCAACACUGGCCAGACAUCCAGCCGGUUAUCUGGCAGAAUGAGGAUAGGAGACGGAGUAGUAAGCAAAUGAAAAGAGAGUAUUUCAAGUACAAGUCUUCUCGGAAGAGUUCAAGUGGAAAUGAAAAUGAUGAGCAAGACAGUGAUAAUACUAAUGUGUCACCACAGUCUCCUGUGUCAUCCGAGGAUUAUGAAAGGGCAGAUGGCAAUUCUCAUGGUCCUUUUGGACUGAAGCCCAGAUCAGCUUUUAGUCGUUCUCGUCAGGACUACAGCACUGUAGACCCUGGAUUCACAAUGAGGAGGAAAAUGGAGCACUUAAGGGAAGAACGAGAGCAAAUAAAGCAGCUACGCAGUAAUCUUGAGUUGCGGUUGAAAGUCAGUUUGCCAGAUGACAUUGGAGCAGCUUUAAUGGAUGGGGUGGUUCUGUGCCAUUUAGCCAAUCAUAUAAGACCUCGAUCUGUUGCCAGUAUUCAUGUCCCAUCACCAGCUGUGCCUAAACUCAGUAUGGCAAAGUGCCGAAGAAACGUUGAAAACUUCCUUGACGCUUGUAAAAAACUGGGUGUCCCACAGGAAAGACUUUGCCUGCCCCAUCACAUUUUGGAAGAAAGGGGUCUUGUGAAAGUUGGACUUACAGUUCAGGCUCUUCUUGAAAUACCUUCAUCUAAAGCGUCACAGCUUUCCUGCCUGUAAUAGGAUUCUCAGAGAACAAACUUGUUGCCAUGACGUGCGUUGACAUGAAUUGAUCCCAGCCAGUUCAGAUUCCUCCAGAGGAACAACCCAAGCCAUCAAAAGUCAUUGCAGACCAGAUGUUUUAGACAGAGCCUUAUUUUGGACGAAUACUUAGAACCUUGAUGUCAAACUGACACUUAUCCAGCAUAGUAAAGAAUUGUAUCGCUUACUUGUUUAACUCGGAGCCAUAAGAGAUUUUGAGAUCAUCAGAUUCUCUUUCUAGAAAGUACACAGUGUGAGUUCUCCCAUUAACACUUCACGAUGUCUUCUUUUUUUUAAAAAGGGAGAGAGAGAGAGAGAGAGAGCGAGAGAGAGCUGACUGUUAAGUAACGCUGCGCUGUGCUAGGCUUUCUCCUAGGUUUGCAACACACGUUUUAUAAUGAGAGACAAACACACAACUUUUAGACAUGUUUACAUGGCAGAGUCCUAAGCAGUUGUCAGUUCUUUGGUGCCAUGUAAACAUUUUGAAUAGCCUGCAUUUCUCUCUCAUGCACAUCAUGGUUUUUAGUGUGUGCACUGCAGGGUCACACUAAAAUGUCAUGUGUGAAGCAGCUCUUAAAAAUCACAUUUCCAUUAAUAAGUUUAAAUUUGUAUCAUUUUUAUGUACAUUUGCAAAACAUCAACAACUACCACCGUACAGGAUAGUGGCAGAAAUCUGGAUGAUCAAUCAUGUAAUCAAUUUUUACCAGUUUCCAAAAGGUUUGUAAUCAUUUCUUGCACUUCUUUCUGUUGUACCAUCUCCAAUAUUUUAGUUGGGUGGAUGAUGAUGAUAAAUGGCAAUGACGGAAUAGUAUACAGUAUAAAGGACAAAUUGUGUGGGUUUUUUCAGUAUUCUAGGUUGGUGCCAAAAUAUUUUUUCAGUUGUACUGUAGAUUGUUUACAUGUGAAGUGCCUGUGUAAUUGAUAACUCUUUUACUAGUCUUAAAACAUUUUUGCAAUUCCUUUACGUCUCAAUAGAUGCAAUUCGUAUUUUUAAAUAUUAGGUUUUUUGUAAGAUUGGUAAUAUGUGAAGUUUAAAGGACUAACAUCUGAGUGUUGGAUGUUCUUCAGUUUGCACAAUUUGAAUUUAUUAGAUUUGGUUUUUAGGAAAAAAUGUAAAUAUGUUUUUAUUUAUCAUAUUUAAUUUGAUACCUAAUCACUUUUUAAUGUAUUGUUGGACAAUGGACGUCACUUUUUUAUUAUUAUUAUUAUUUUCCUUGUCUGGGAUGAACAAUGACAUGUAGUUUGAUUUUAAACGAGUCAUACAGAAGCUUAUGAGUUUAGGAUGUUGAGUUAAAAACUGCCAAAAAAAAAGAAGUAAAUCUCAGGUUUAUAUUGUGACUGUCAGGAUUUUACAUCUUGCUCCUGACUUCACGUUACUCUUUUUUUAAUAUAAGGAAAUGCCAUAGAGUAGUGAAACUGAGGCUAGGGUAGUUCUGUUUUGCAAUAUUUACAGAAUCGUUGGACAAGUGGCUGGUUUAGGGCAUUGAGCUGCUUUCUCAGCACGGUGUGGUCAGUAAUCCUGGGCUGCAAAUCAGUUUGUAUAUCAGGGGUUGCUCCAUGCCCUGCUCUGCUUAUCCUGUUUCCUUUCCCCAUGCUUGGCUAUCUAGCAAGGAGAGGAAGGUGAAAGUAGCGGUGGUGGUGGUAGUAAUACUACAUUCAGGCAACAGUAGAUAAUGCACCACAGGAAAGGAUAACAUGGCAGCCUCCUUUCUUGUGCAGCCUCCGCUGCCACCCUGUGACCAGAGCAGCAGGUGCUGUAUGGCCAUUGCGCCACUGUGCCCCUAGGGUCAAUCCACUCUGCAUCGCCCAUCAUUUUUAGAAGCUAAACUGUGCAGUGACUAUUGGAACCCCGGAGGGGUGGGGGAAUGCGUCAGUCUCCACAAUGGGCGUUUUCUGAAGCGUAAAAACUUUCCCCAUUUUGCCCUAUAGUGUGGUGAGAAUGUAGAGAGUAUACAAAUUGCCAUGUCUUUCAAUUAACCUCUCAGUUACUCCAGAUUAGCCUGAGUGAGCCAAACUUUGUCUUUUUAAUGCUCUUCGCCUGCACCAUAUUCAGUUAGACUAAAGCCUCCCUCCCUUGUCGAAAUGAUAUAGAAACUGUUUUCUUUGUACUUUCUGCUACCAAAAGAACUUUCUUUAUGUACUAACUGCAGUAGUACGUAAGUGUCAUUGGGCUAAAUUUGCAGGUAGAGCAGUUACUGCAAUUCAGCAGAGUGAUAGUGGCUGUGGGGAACUGAAUGUGUUUUUCACCAGGCACAUGCAAAGUAAGCUUUUGAUGCCGGCUUCUCCUUCCACUCUGGUGUGACGUGAACCUAGUAGGGCAGGCUUUGUAAAUGGCAUUCCUUGGCCAAAUGAAAAGCACACUAAACUGUAUCAUAAAGUGUUUAAAUAGAGCAUGAUUUACUUUAGAUUAAGUACACAUUUUUACUUCUUUAUUUUAGUUUGUUACAGCAAAGAAGAGAUAAACACUACGUUUUGUGUAGGUUUUGGUCAGAUUCACGUUUGUAAUGGGACUAACUGGCCUUCUGUCUCCCCCCACCCCUCAAAUCUAUGCCUUCUGAAACACAAACCACUUCAGCACUAUAUAUAUAUAUAUAUAUAUAUAUAUAUAUAUAUAUAUAUAUGGUGAGGCAUCAACAGUUGGGUUCAAGCCAAGCCAAAUCCCAUGACUGGGCAGGCAUUGUGUUCUUCAAACAUGUGACACGCAAAGAACACAAGAGUGGAUUCUGAAGGAGGUGUAAAAACGUUAUCUGAUGGGUUAUUACAGCCCGCUCCUUCCUGUCCCCUUUCUUGUUGCUGAAAAUAGUCCUUUUGUCGUCCCGUUGUCCCGUCCCCACCCCCGCACCGCCCUUCAUUCCAAAUGAAGAUCAGGACGCAAAAAAAAUACAUACAUUUGGUAGUGGAGUUAUGUUGCUUUGAACUGCAGCCACUGCCCAUGCUGAAAGUCAAAAUGUUCGUGACAUUCCUCUUGGUUUUAAAAGUGGUUUGCCUUGCAGUAUGGGUUGGGGGGCAGGAAAGGUGCUCUUACUCAAGAAACAAGCCCCAGCCUCUGGGUUGCAUGGGUCUUUGGACCCUAGCGUAGGAUUCUAAGCUCUUCUUUUCCCUAAAGAAAACCAAGCAAUACAACCAAGCUUAGCUUUUCCGUGGAAUUAUAACUUUUCAGUCUCGUGUAGUUUGUUUAUAGAUAACGUUUGCCAAAAGUUGACACGCUAGAGAAUUCUGCUGCCUUUCAAACUUGGGAGUGCAGUGUAGUGUAGCGUAGAUUGGCAGAUGUUCAGUGGGUGGUAAUUAUUAUUUUUAAUUGAGGCAUUCUUCCCAUUUCUCUUAACUAGAUUGAAAUUGCUUGCUUCCAGUAACCACAACUGUGAACAUCUGAGCACACGCACUUUCACCGGCAAAGGCUUUGAACAAAUGUGCUCGAAUUCAUCUUUCCUGUGACUCAGUAAAACUCAAAGAUCCUUGCUCUGAAUUAUCAUGAGAAUAGCAUUGGCAGCCUGCCUUGAAAGCUGUUUACAAGUCAGAAACAAAAGUUGCCCCUCUCUGUAGAGUAAAUCCAUUUGGAUUUCUUAAAACAGUAUUGGAGACAAAUAAGGCACCCUGUACUCCAAGCUUAAGCUAGUGUAAAACUGCUUUAAUUGCCAUGUGUUUGAAAAUUGGGCACUGGGAAUCGUUAAAAGAUCUCCCCCUCAACACGAAAGUACUGCCAUUAAACUAGGUUAGGAUUGUGGCCUAGGCUUCUGUGUAAUUGAGCACCAAAAUGAUUUCUGCCCACCUACAGAAUAAACAGUGCACACCCAUAAGCACUGAACACAAACUAUUUAGAUAAAACGUUUAUUUUCUGUAAUCUGGGCUUAGUAAUUGUACAUUGAAGGCCAAAGCAUUACGUACUCUAUAAACCCCCCCCCCAAUUUGUUCUGCAUUAAAAUGCAAUUAUCAGAUUUUGUUAAAGUUUAUGGAAAUAUCUCCGUUUUAUGUUUAGACCUAUUUAUUGUUUCUUUAUUUGGAAAGUUCUUUUUUAUUUGUAAGUAUUAAGGUCUUUUAUUUGUAAGUAUUAAGGGGACAUCAUGUCUAUUAAGAAGUAGUAAUAUGUGGGAAAGUAUAGAUAUAUAAAACUUUUACUUCUCUCACACCUCCCACCCUUCUGGAGGAAAUAUGCUAAAAUGUGCAAAAUCAGAGUGUUUAAUGGGGCUGGGGUGUUGUUAUAAAUCUCUUCCCUGUAUUGCUUUUUUUUAAUUCAUCAAAUACACUAAUUCUUAAAUGAAUCUGAUUUUUCUGUGUGUGGAACAUAGAUUUAAUAAUUCUAAUGCCGGUUCUCAUUCCAUAUGAUGCAUACGAGGCUUUAUCUGUGCAGAGAAUAGCUACCUCGUAUGUACAGGGAUCUCCAGGGAAUCAGGCACUGCUGCCUUCAUAGUGAAAAAUGUCUUGCCCACAAAAAUGGUCGGUGACAAGCAGUAACUGUAUUCUCCAAGAUCCAGUUCAUACAAGACAUUCUCCAUGCGAAUGAAUUCCUAUGUGAACCGAACUCCAGGUGUUGUGGUGUUUAAACUCUGACGUGUUGUGUUCUUCAGUUUCCCUGGAACCCUUUCAGUGCUGUAAGAAUACCAAUCAGAGCUGCCAUUGUGCGAAAUGGCGUUAUGACGCUGGAUUGCGAUGGAGUUAAUACGGAGAAGUGCAAACUUGUAUAAUCUGUACAACGAAGACAAAAUGGAGGAUUAGGGCAUUUGAUUUUCUUUCUUUCUUUUUUUAAAAAAAGUAAAACUAUUGCUUAGUCAGUAUUCACUUAUUUUGAAUCUUCCCUUUAAUUCAACAACUAUAGCCAACUUGACACAACUGCUUUUAUGUAAAAUAUGUGCAGAACUCAAUACAAUUUCACCCGUUCAGAAAAUAACCGGAAGCAGCCGGGGAUUGUACUUGUUUUUGUGUAUAUAUUGCCAUAUCUGACACUGCAUUUUUCCCCACUCUGCAUUCAUGUUCUGUAAAAUGCUUCUCUCCCGUCCUUUCCCCCCUUUUCAUUGUUCAUGUACUGGUGUAAGAUUCUUCCACACUUUUUCUUCAGGACUUCCUUUAUUGCUGGAGCUUCCAACAAGUGUAUGUUGAUUGGAAACAGUCCUGCUGUUUAGUUUUCUUUUGUAAAUAGUUUUCUAUCGAAAUCUGCAUGUAUAAGACCCACGUGUCCAAAACCAAUGUACAUAUUCUAUGUAUAAAAUGCAAACUCUUUCCUAA